AAUUUUUUUCUACUGUCUUUUGUGGGGUGUAUAUUUCAAAUAAAAAUUUAAGCCUUUUAGACGCGAAAAUUAUUGAUAAAAACUAUAUUGUUGUAAAGUUUGAGUAUUAUAUUGUGUGGAAUAUAUGAAAAAUGUCUCGCCAAACUUCCAGAUUAGAUGCUAAAAAAGUGUAGUCCCUCCGAAUGGACAGAUAAUCAAGAGAGGACUGAUCAGAUUUGGUGAGGAGGUGGAUGAUAAAUUGUAGAAAUGGAAAAUAGUCAACCAAGUCAACAACACCAAACAAACACGGACCAAGCAAUGAAUACUAACAACAAUUCCGUAGCCUCUAAUCAAAUUCAGGUAAUACCAAUGCCUGUUAUGACCACUGCCGGUGGUCAAGCCCAAAUUAUUAUAGGACAACAACAAGCGCAACAAGUUGGGGGUCUUCAACAACAACUUAUACCUUUGCAAGGAAAUCAAAUAAUGCUGCAGCAACCCCAACAGACGGCUCAGCCAAUGCAGCUUAUGCAAUUGCCCGAUGGACAGACUUUAUUCUACCAACCAAAUGUCUUGAAUGGAGCUGAGAGUGCGAACAACACAAUCCAAGCCAUACAUCCACAAUUUAUAAAUAUCAAUGGUCAAAUUAUGCAAAUAACAACAGCAGCGCCACCUCAAGCUGGCAAUGCAAACGCAACAGCCAAUAAUAACACUAUAGCACAACAAAUUAUAAUGGUACCACAGUCCACAGCAAAUCAAUUAACAACGACAGCAGCAAAUAAUGUGGGCAAUACAACCGUACGGGUAUCAACACCUGCUCCUGCUUCCACUGCACCUACAACACAAACCCAAAAUACCCCUACAAAUACUUCAAGCUCAACGGCAGCAGCAGAUUCUGUUAUGGAGACCUCUACGGAAGACGCACAAUCAGGAGAACCUGAAGAAGAGCCACUGUAUGUGAAUGCCAAACAAUACAAACGUAUACUUGUGCGACGUCAAGCACGAGCGAAAUUAGAAUCACGCAUUCCCAAAGAGCGUUCGAAAUAUUUACACGAAUCACGACAUCGUCAUGCCAUGAAUAGGGUUCGUGGUGAGGGUGGCCGCUUUCAUUCUGCACAAGAAAAGGGUGAUUUACAGCAACAAGGGGCGGGACACGAUGAACUACAGCAUACGGCGCUAUUGUCAAGAGCUUCAGUGCCAAGAGCACCGCCGCGUGUUAUAGCACCACAUCACCCCAACACCAUUACAGCAACUUCAACACCCAAUAUAACUAUAACACCAAUUAAGUAACAUCAACAUGCGCUCAUAGGAGCGCCUGUUAUUCUCAAUCAAUGUCCCGCCCCCUCUUCGUACUCAUAUAGAACGUACGAAACUGUAAAUACAAUUUAGCCCUAAGUUAAGUUUAAGUCAUUAUAGUAAUUAUAACACUGUAACUAAACAAAACCAAACAAACAAAAAAAAUAAAACAA